AUGAUGGUACCGGCUAUGUGCACCUGGGUGUGCACGCCGCGUAAUUUGACAGAAUCUGUCCGGAGCAUGCGGACAAGGCUGAUUCAGCGCCCCAUUCAGAACCGGAACCAGGGUUUCCUGAGGUUUUCAAGUUUUCCACAGCCCGUUCCCCCAAGACCAAUAUGCAUGCUUGAAGUUUGGGGCAUGCUGACUGAUGGAGAGUGGUCGCAAGUUGUUGCAAUGUCGACACGGAUUACGUCGUAUUUUGGAAAGAAGACUACCCUGAAUUUCGCCGGAAAUGGACCUCCUCCAAAACCGCAACGUGGGUUGGAGAUGUCGCCAAAGGAUGCUACUUUAAUAGCGACUCUCAAGAAAGUUUUCGGAUUGGAGGAGUUUCGAGGAACGCAGCUCGAUGUUAUCAAAACAACGCUGGCGGGUAAGGUUUCUGCGGGAGUGUGCCGUGAUUGCCUCGUCAUCAUGCCGACGGGUGGUGGGAAAAGUCUGACAUAUCAACUGCCAGGGGUCAUAGAUGAAGGGGUCACGCUCGUCGUCUCGCCGCUUCUAGCGCCGUUUGCAGCCUUGAUCCAAAACCAGGUGGAUGCCUUGAAGAAGCUUGGAGUGAAAGCGGCGACAUUGAACUCCACUUUGAAAGUCAAGGAACGAAAGGAGAUAAUGGCAGAUUUGGACUUUGCAAAGCCCAAUAUAAAGUUACUUUACGAAAACACCAAACACUAUCAGUAUGAUGCUCACAACAAUCAAGUUACACCCGAGUUGAUGGCCACGGAUAACUUUCGAACAAUCAUGACCAAGCUUCACGGGCGGGGCAUGCUGGCGCGCCUUGUAGUGGAUGAAGCUCACUGUAUAUCUGACUGGGGUCAGGACUUCAGAUCGGACUACCGCCGCUUGAUGUGGUUUAAAGACAGCUUUCCACAGAUCCCAGUCAUGGCGCUUACCGCAACAGCGACAGACGUAGUGCGAGCCGACAUUAUAAAACAGCUGCAUUUGCGAGAGCCGCCGGAGCUAGACGUCUUUCUGAGCUCCUUCAAUCGACCGAAUCUUCAUUACGAGAUCCGAUUCAAAUCUAAAGAUCUCAGCAACGAUCCGUAUCCAGACCUCCUCCAGUUCCUCAGGAAGAUAUAUUCGAAUCGAGCGAGACGUCUAGGGACAGCCAAGACAGCGGAAAGGAUCGAAGGGAUAUGUGGGAUCAUAUACUGCUCUACCCGAGCGAUGUGCGAUGAGGUGGCGGCGAGACUUAGGAUAAACGGGGUUCAUGCAAGGAGUUAUCAUGCCGGAUUGAAGGACUCGGAGAGGAGAGCUUUGUUGGCUGCGUGGAGUGGGACCUCGGCGCAGAGUGUAGUCCCAGAAAAGCCCGACAAAGACAUGGAAGAGAAACCUGCGCCAACAGACACGGACGUGGUCGAUGUAGUUGUUGCCACGAUAUCAUUUGGAAUGGGAAUCGACAAGAAGGAUGUGCGAUAUGUCAUUCACUGGGACAUGUCGAAGUCUGUGGAAGCGUAUUAUCAGGAAAGUGGGAGGGCAGGGCGAGAUGGAAAGAUCUCGCGUUGUAUCCUGUACUACAGUCACCAGGACCGUGACCGACAAACAUACCUCCUCCAAACAGCUCAGUCGGAAGGUAGCGGGUCUCCCAAUGCAAUCAAGAGCUUCAGCCAGCUUGUGGAAUAUUGUGAAAACGUCAAGACGUGUAGACACGUAUUCUUUGAGCAAUACUUUGGAACCGUAAAUCCCAAAGCAGAAGAGCUAUGUCCUGGCAAACGGUGCGAUGUGUGCAAGGAUCCUGACAAAGUGAAGAAAGCGAAGGAAGAGGCACUUGGCGGGGCUAAGCAGGAGUUGGGUGGGAUCAUCUCUGGAAAGCAGUUCGAGGCUGGCGGGAACUAUCGCCUAAAAGACGGGAGCUGGGUAGCCCCACCAAACAAACGCUCAUCAGGCGAAUCCACUCUGAAUUACGGCAUAACCGGGUCCGAUGAUCAGUCAUCGUUCAGGAAGCGACGACGAUUCAACGAGGAGGCCAUUCUGGACGAAGAUGGGUUUGAGGGAGAUAUGGGGUUCGGGUUCCGAACGGGUUUGGGAAGAGCUUUACAUCAGGCUCCGCCAACGACUUUGGAUCUGUUGGGCAGAGGGCGGAGACGCGAGGCUGUUUUUGUGAGCGCCAAGGAAAUGGCCCGAACCCAGUAUCCUUUAAUUAUCUCUGAAAGGCAUUCAGUCGCUGAUUUAACGUUGGCGGACCGGGAGCGCGCGUUUACCCAAUUACGACAGGCGGUUGCUUUGCGCUGCGAGGAGGAGGCGAUGGUCGGCAGGUUGGGUGACCAGAUGAAUGCGGACCAGAGAAAGUCAUUGUUAGAUGCUGUGGCGGCUCUCCUGGAAAAUCAAUGCUUCCUAUUUGGGAAGAUCUCGCUCAACUACAAAACGGCCUGGAUGCAGCGCAUCAAGGAAAUCAAGCAGGGAUCGGACAAGUAUGACCAGAUCAUUAGCGAUGAGACGCGGCGUCUGUGUGGUGAUCCACGAUAG